AUUUGGAUCCGCCACGAUAUCAAUGUCGAGAUCGGGGCUCCGAGCGACGGCUGUUUUUCGCAGAGGUGCGAAGAGCGGUUCCCAUCCUGUUAUUCCCAACAAGCAAAGCUUCUCCGCCUCCGCUCACCACGGCGAUGCCUAUGAGAUCGUGAAAUGGGAGAAGAUUACAUACGCUGGAAUUGUAACCUGCACCAUUCUGUCCAUCUAUAACCUCUCUAAGGGCUGGCGAGAUUGGGGCUCCGAGCGGCAGCCACCGCCGCCUUUCGUGGAGGUGCGAAGAGCGGCUCCUGUCCCAUUAUUCCCAACAAGUAGAGCUUCUCCGCUACGAUAUCAAUGUCGAGAUCGGGGCUCCGAGCGACGGCUGUCUUUCACAGAGGUGCGAAGAGCGGUUCCCAUCCUGUUAUUCCCAACAAGCAAAGCUUCUCCGCCUCCGCUCACCAUGGCGAUGCCUAUGAGACUGUGAAACGGGAGAAGAUUACAUACGCUGGAAUUGUAACCUGCACCAUUCUGUCCAUCUAUAACCUCUCCGAGG